UGUUUAGAAAACGGGAAAUCAUUUGCCGCUCGGUGUUUGAGAAAAAUAUUGCUUCUAAUCGUGUACAUUUUAGGAUAUACAAUGCUUCCGCUAUCCUUAUUGAAAACAGCACAGAGUCAUCCUAUGUUGGUGGAGCUGAAAAAUGGCGAAACAUACAACGGACACCUGGUGAGCUGUGACACCUGGAUGAAUAUUAAUCUGCGGGAGGUCAUCUGCACUUCAAAGGAUGGUGAUAAGUUUUGGCGUAUGCCGGAAUGCUAUAUCCGGGGCAGCACGAUCAAGUAUCUGCGCAUCCCGGAUGAAGUGAUUGACAUGGUGAAGGAGGACAUGCAGUCGAAGUCGCGCAGCCGGGCCGAGAUGAACAAGGGUGGACGGAACCAGAACCAGGGCCGCGGUGGCGGCGGUGGCGCUGGCGGUGGUGGAGGCGGUGGGCGAAACAAUAUGAACGCCAACAAUCGGAACACCUUCGGUGGCAAUCGGGGCGGCAAUCGGGCCGGUCUCGGGAACCCAAAUCGAAACGCACAACAAAACAAGAAAUAAAAGGCUGCUCAAAAC